GAGUACGAACGACACAGUGGCACUGUCUUAUUUUACAGAUUGCACUCGCACUGUAGAACUUGGACGUUCUUACUCUUUCACCAGACAAAAGAUACAACAAAAAAGAUAAAAAUGAAAAGCUUCGUCUUUAGCUUCUAUAUGGCAUGCUUUGUCGUGGUGUCAGUGAUGGCAUGUGAUUUGGCCAUAGAGUAUGAGAAAGAUGGGGUCUGCUGUAAAAUGUGUGGUCCAGGUACCCGGGUGAACUCCCAGCCCUCUUGCGAAGACCCUGUGUGCACUCCCUGCGGAAAAUACGAGUAUCAGCCCAGCUACACCAAGGAAAAUAAAUGCAAACAGCAGCCCUACUGUGACCCAAAUAUGAAUUUUCAAGUGGUAGACCUGAACCCCAAAAAAGAAGCUUCCUGCAACUGCAAGGCUGAACACCACUGCUCCAGCUUGGAGUGCCUGACCUGUGUGCCAAACACAGUGUGCAGCCCUGGAGAAGGAGUGUAUCAAAAGGCGACACGCUUCAAUGACACGGUCUGUCGUGCGUGUGGCGAAGGGACGUUCUCCAACGAGAGCUCCACAGUUGAAGACUGCCGUAAAUGGACUACGUGUGCUGAGAAAACGCACAAAAUUAAGAAAAGUGGAACUCCGACAUCAGACGUGGUGUGUGAGGAAGUAUCCGACAAUAGCUCAAUAGCAGUGGGUCUCUCCAUAGGCUUUGUACUCGCCAUUGUCACCGGUCUCCUAACAUGCUUUAUUAAGAAAGAGCCAGAAAUGCUGAAACGCUGUUUCAAAAAGGGAAAGAAUCCUGGAAACAUGGAUGAUAAGAUUGUCGGCCCGCUGAUUGCGCCAGAGGUGGGGAAUCACUACGUUCUGGAAAGAGCUUGGCCUGGGAAUGGGGUUGAACAGCAACAGGAGAGUCUGUCGCUGCAGGUCCCGGAGGAAACCGAUGAAUCAUUUCCACAAAACGCCAAGACAUUUAAUAACAAACCGCUGAGGCAAGAGGAAGGCAAAAUGGAGCUCACCUCUCAGCCGGAAUCGGACGGGACUGCAGAGCAUAUUGAAUCGACGUUCAACUGAUGGCAGGAAGGAGCUCGGAAUACAUCUGUUGUGUUUCCAGCCGAGGAGAAUUCUCCCAGGUUUCCAUUGUGAUUUAAAGACCUUCAUGUUCUCUGUGAUAUGCUCUUUCCAGAGUUCAUUGCUUGUCAUGCACAAAACCAUCUUGAACAGAAAAAGUGCUAAUCCCUGCUGAAAAAAAAGACCAGCUCCAUACUCAACAUGCUUUGACCAGCUCAAGCUAUGUUUUGAAGAAGCUGGUAGCUGGUCUUUUCAAGCUGGUCAUAACUGGAUUUUACACCAGGGAAGGCUAUCAUGCAGCUACCACGCAGACACAGAUGAAUGCGGGCCAACUAAACCCACCCAUACCCUGGCAACAUAAUCAAUUCUGAAGAAAAGUAGAAUGGAAAUAUGUUGAUGGACUAUGUUCUAUGAAGUUUUGUUCAGUUCUGUAAAUAAAAUGAUUGUGUCAUA